AUGUCGCCGAGUUACAGUUAUCGUCAGCCGCCGAUGAGCCCGUUCACUGAGUUGGAGAUUCAACAAAACCCAAGGAAUGGAAGCAAUAAAAACAUGCCAAAGAGAGCAGGCCAGCAAGUGCUUCCAUUUUAUAAUGGACAAUCGCAGACAAUGCGACUUUGCGUCUUAAAAGAUGAUGAGCCUGUACUGUUCGGAAGGGACUGGCUGAGUCACGUCAAACUGAACUGCGACACACUUUUUAAAGUGAACUCUGUGACAAUGGAAGGCCUGAGGUUGGAUAGGGUUAUUUACAAAGUUAUUGGAUAUAGCCGUGUCUAUUGUAAAUGCUUCGUCCGCUUCUCAAGUGCUGGAUUAAUAAAUGUAUCAUUACCAUUGAACACGGACGAGCAUAUUCUGGAAGAAAGACUCGGCCCAAAACAACGGGAACUGGUGGUUGUCAUCGUUUUGCUUUGCGUGUAUUGUUUGAUCUUCAUAACGGGAAUAACAGGGAAUGUUUUGACAUGUGUGGUGAUACUAAAGACCAGUUACAUGAGAACCUCCACGAAUUACUAUCUCUUUAGCCUAGCAAUAUCAGAUGUAAUGCUUCUUAUUUUUAGUCUUCCCCGAGAGGCGUAUUCAAUCUGGGAGAGUUACCCUUGGCGUUUUGGCAAGGCGUUUUGUAUCAUUAAAGCGCUGAUUCUCGAGAUGACAUCCUACGCUUCAGUGUUGACCAUAACAGCUUUCACCAUCGAGCGCUACAUUGCAAUUUGCAAGCCGUUGGUAUCCCAUAAAAUACUGGCGUUUUCACGCUGCGUGAAGAUUAUCGUGACAAUCUGGAUAAUUUCUUCCUGCUGUGCAUUACCGUAUCCAAUACACACGGACUUAUUUUACUACGUUCACAACAGCCAUGGCAAUCCAAUUUCAGACUCCCUGCAGUGUAACAUCCCGCAAAUGUAUUACCGUCGCAUGACGCACGUGUUUCAAAUGUCUUCCUUUGUAUUUUUCUUGGUGCCGUUAACUGUUAUUAUUGUGCUAUAUGUUCUCAUUGGUCUAACUUUACGACGCGCUGAAAUGCGCCGAGAGGCUUCGGUAAAGUAUCACCACCCACACCCACGCUCUGGCAGUCUAGGCAGCAAGAUUCAGCACGAACGAAGUCCGCCAUGUGCCGCUAGACGAAGCGUUCUGAAGGUGCUAUUUGCAGUGGUGGUGACCUUCUUCGUCUGCUGGGCUCCUUUCCACGCUCAGCGUCUGUUGACAGUCUACAACACCGAUUGGUCCCCGGAUAUGCUCGCUAUCCAAAGCUCUCUCUUCUACGUUUCAGGAGUCCUGUAUUUCAUUGGAUCAACUGUGAAUCCAAUAUUGUACAACGUCAUGUCGCGCAGAUACCGUCUGGCAUUCCUUGAAACUAUUUGUAAGACCAAGCCAGUUCGGACGUAUAACUCAAAGAGACCCGCGAAUGGCAACAAGACUACUAAAUUCUCUAUGAAAGACAACGUAAGGAGUCCGGUUGAAGCCGAUUUUGGAGACGCUCCGUUUUUUACCAACGGUAUUAUCGAGCAUGACUGCGACCACCAUGAAUCGUCUGAUAUUGUGGAAUGUUUUGAUCCUCAAGAGGCCAUUGACCAUAAACGCGAUCACAUUAUACGUAAACCAUAUAACGACAUUACGAAGGUUGGAUAG